AUGCGGCAAAAGGCCCAUCCAGCCUUAAGCUUCUUGAAAUGGACUAAAUUGAGGCCUGGCUUGAGAGGAACCCUAAUGAUGGCUGUCCUGGUUCUGUGGGAACCUUCCCUGUUCUUAACAUUGUUCAGCGGCUUCAGGCCGGGGUCAUGUGCCUCGAGAUUGCUUCUUGGCUCACUUUCGUCAACCGAAUCUUCGAUGCCAAUGAGCUGCAGAGCGACACUGGGUUACAGGCGAAAAGUUGUCCUUGUUUCUCCGAAUCGACGCUUGAGAGCCGCGGCGAGGUCAUCGGCAUGUUCUUUAUCCUUGGUCUUCAGGACGAGGUUACCAGACUUGGCCCUUCUGGCCGUGAUAUAA